UUGACAAAUAGGAGAGCAAAACCCUUGCAGCUUCGCCGGGAUCACCACUGUGAAUAUAAUCGGUCAUCAUUUAUUUUCAUCUGGAAUUGCAAAGCCUUCUUCAAGUGGCAGGUGAAAAAUGUCAAGAAACGCACUUCUUCAUUUGGUUCGCUCUCAAACCCAUCAUCUCAAAAGGACAGGCUUCAGCUCAGGUUACAAUCUGAAUAAGGCCAGGCCACUAUUGAUCACUACAAUCAAUUCCUCCAUAGCCCCACAACCUAAUGCUUUCCAGAGGCGAUGGUGGUCUCAAUCCUCGUCAGCUGAGGGAGAUAAUAAGAUCAGUAUUGGACCUCAGAAAGGGGUUGAAUCGAGAAAAGAUGAAAGAGACUCAGGGGUUGUGUAUGAUGGCCCAAUAUCAAGCACGAUCAAGAAGGUCAAACUUUUGUCUCUUUCAACCUGCUGCCUCUCUGUGUCUUUGGGCCCUGUGAUAACCUUCAUGACAUCUCCAGACAUGAAUGUCAUUCUGAAGGGCGCUGUGGCAUCUUCUGUAAUCUUCCUCAGUGCUACUACCACUGCUGCUCUUCACUGGUUUGUGAGUCCUUAUGUACAUAAGCUCAGAUGGCAUCCUGGUUCUGACAGCUUUGAAGUGGAGAUGCUGUCAUGGCUGGCUACUUCUAUUCCAAGAACUAUCAAGUUUGCCGAUAUCAGGCCGCCAGAGACCCAAAGGCCUUUUGUAACAUUCAAAGCUAAUGAUAAGUUCUAUUUUAUUGAUGCUGAGCACUGUCGAAACAAAGCUUUAUUAGCAAAAUUGACGCCGCAGAAACAAAGUCACGAUUCAGCAUUCAAGAACUUGUGAUCAGCUUUUUUCCAUGUCGAUGGAGGUUCAAAUGCAGUAUGUAAUAAACUUCUUUUUCGGAACAUUUUCGUUUUCCCAUACUGUAUCAAUUCAUAUGUCGCUGGCUAAUGGUGGCCACUCUUUCAUUGUUGUCCUUAAAAGGGAAAGCAGGUGAUGAAGUAUCCAUUCAUUCCAAAAUGGCAUUUCAUAUCUUGCCUUCAGAUAUUUAAAGUUUUUGAGCUUAAGAAUGAAGGGUUUCUUCAAACCAAAUUGUACUCUUUUUUAAAAAAAUUAAUGAAAAAAAAUCAUAAAAAAAAUCAAGUACAUAUUCCGAGACUAAGAUAUAGUAUGAUAGAUUUUAAGUUUAUUAUGUGAGUAAAUUAAUCAACAAUUUUAUUUUUACAACUUCCACAAGAAUAAUCUACUUUCCUUUUCACCAUUCACACCUCAAACACAGUCUUCUUCGCAUAUGCAAACAAAUCUUUCUUCAAAUAACUCCUUAUCAUUGUCGAGGUAAGGCAUGCCCAAAUGGCAACAAUUCAC